GGCGUCGCAGUGCGCGCGUGGCGGUGCCCCAGUGAUAACAGUUCAGGUGUAUGCUACCCUCAGUAGGUCAUUUGUGGUUGAGUCGUCAGAAGAUGGCAUUUAUGUUUUCGAAAAUUAAUAAAAUUCACUAUUUUUUAUGUAGGCCUUAUUAGGCCUAAAGGAGAAGAAUGGCCUUAAAACAGAUUUCCAGCAACAGGUGCUUUGGCGGGCUCCAGAAAGUUUUUGAACAUAGCAGUGUUGAGCUGAAAUGUAAAAUGAAAUUUGCUGUCUACCUACCGCCCCAGGCUGAGAGUGGAAAGUGCCCUGCACUCUACUGGCUGUCUGGUUUAACUUGCACAGAACAAAAUUUCAUAUCAAAGUCUGGCUAUCAACAAGCUGCCUCCGAACACGGCCUUGUGGUCAUUGCUCCUGAUACCAGCCCCCGUGGCUGCAAUAUUAAAGGAGAAGAGGACAGCUGGGACUUCGGCACUGGUGCUGGGUUCUACGUCAAUGCCACUGAAGAUCCUUGGAAAGCUAACUACAGAAUGUACUCUUACGUAACAGAGGAGCUUCCACAACUCAUAAAUGCCAAUUUCCCAGUGGACCCACAGAGGAUGUCCAUCUUUGGUCACUCCAUGGGAGGCCACGGAGCUCUGAUUUGUGCUUUGAAGAAUCCUGGAAAAUACAGAUCUGUGUCAGCAUUUGCUCCAAUUUGCAACCCUGUGCUCUGUCCUUGGGGCAAAAAAGCUUUUAAUGGCUAUUUGGGACCAGAUGAAAGUAAAUGGAAGGCAUAUGAUGCGACCUGUCUCGUGAAGUCCUACUCGGGUUCCCAGAUUGACAUCUUAAUUGAUCAAGGAAAAGAUGACGAGUUUCUUUCGAAUGGGCAGUUACUCCCUGAUAACUUCAUAGCUGCCUGCACAGAAAAGAAAAUCCCUGUUGUUUUUAGGCUACAAGAGGGUUAUGAUCAUAGCUACUACUUCAUCGCGACCUUCAUCGCUGACCACAUCAGGCAUCAUGCAAAGUACCUGAAUGCAUGAACAGCUUCAGACAAGAGAAUCUCACCAGGAUGCCCAAAGUUGGAAUCAACAGUAUUGCUGACUAAAAGAUUUUGGAUUUCCUUUCAAAAGAACAUGUUCCUGCAGCUGAAUCGCUUUUCUGAAUAAAUACACCAAACUUUACAUAGUUAUUUUACCACAGUCACAUAAGAGUUUAAUGCUUGAUAGUUUUUCUGAGUCAUUUGGAAUUCCUGUUAGUCUCAAGCCAUAGACGACUACAGUUCUCUUGGUAGUGUAUGUCUGAGGACUUAAAGGGAUUCAGCACAAAUUUUUCAUCCCUCCAGACAUUAGGCCACUAGCUCUUCUUACUUCAUACCUUUUUCCUGUCUAUCAAAGAUCUGAUUUUUAGAAGGCAUUUGAUAGCUAAUCAUUUAAGAGGACAGGGAAUUGGGCACAGAAGACUUGAGUAAAUACGAACCACUCCACAGCUGUCUGUGGCAGGCUUCUUCAGCUCCAGUCCAGGUUUUUCUUCCCUGUUGAGCUGAAUGCAUUUGUAAAUAUUGUUUCUGGGUUUGUUGAGUCUUUCAAUAUUAUAUAGUAAGACCCAAUCUGAAAAUAACUUGAGAUAAACUGUAUGCUACUAUAAACAGAUACUUUAUCUUAGUUACAUGGAAAAGUUGAACUUGGUGAGCUCACAGAGAAAGUCAUUGCUCUCUGUGAAUAUCCACACUGCUCCCUGAAGAACUUAAUAGAGAAGCUUUCUGAAACAUGAUAUGAAGCCUGAUUGCCUUAGGUUUUUCUGUUAACACAAAGAUUGUGUCCUAUUUUGGGUUUCCUUGUGUUUUAGAGUAAAACGCCAUGACUGAAA